CCAAGAUCAUUUUGCACAGAGAGACUUCGGGGAGAAGUUUCCUAACAGCGCUUAGUCGGCCAAGACAAACCGGCGAUCUUAUGGAUCAGGAAAACCAUCUGGCCUCAGAGGAAGAUGUCGGAGAACCUUUGGUCAUAAUCGGUCAGAUUCUGCUAAGGCUCCAGCAAACAGUGAUUCUGGGAAUCUCACGAGCACGUCAGAGAGUCCUGCAGGGCUUAACUGUGUUCUCCAUUGUGAUUCUUCUCCUUUUGAUCGCUGCUUUUUUAUAUGGGACCUUCUACUUCUCCUACAUGCCCAAAGCUGCUUUUUCUGCACCGGUGUACUAUUAUUACAGGACAGACUGUGAGUCACCAUCAUCUUUCUGGUGCUCUUAUCCUGUGGCUAAUGUCUCUUUGAUGAGAAGCAAGAACUAUGCGCUGACAUUUGGCCAGGCGUAUCGGAUGUACUUGCAGCUGGAGAUGCCUGACUCCCCCGCCAAUCAUGAGGUUGGAAUGUUCAUGAUCAAGACUACCUGUUUCUCCCAGGGUGGAGACAAACUUGCUUCCUCUGCUCGCACCGCAAGUCAGCUGCAGAAGGCGUCCAGCUCUCGUUUUGGAAUGCUGCGGUACCAAUCCGACCUGCUGAAGACUCUGGGAACGCUACUCUUCCUCCCUGCCUUUCUGAGCGGAGCAGCUGAGCAGAAGCAGGUUGUGGACGUGGAGCUCUUCUCAGAGUUCGUAGAUGACCCAUAUGCCCCAUCAGUCACAGUAGUCAUUGAGGUCCUAUCUAGCAGGGUCCAGAUCUACUCCUCUCAACUGUAUGUGCAUGCCCAUUUCACCGGCUUGAGAUAUUUGCUGUUUUACUACCCCAUCCUGUCAGCCCUUAUAGGCGUGGCUAGUAACUUCACCUUCCUCAGCUUCCUCUUCAUCCUGAGCUACAUCAGUCAGCUGUUGAGACUGCAGCAAAAGCCUGAACAGCUCACAACCAAUGGACACCAGCCAGAGUGGAAUGAUGUGAAUAACCAGCCUGGGAAAGAAAAGGGUCUCAGUACAGAUACUGCAGAGCGACUGGGCCCCCUGCAAACUGAUUCCACAGACCUAAGUGAGGAUGAGCGCCACCUGCAGCUUAGCAGCAACACAGACACACAGAACCAACAUGCACUUAAUCAGGGAGACAUGUACCAAUCCAAGGCAGCCUAAUGAGUUUUAGCCCAAAACUCAUACAGAGAAUUCUGUAAAAGUUUCAAGAUUUCAAAAUUGAAGUAUAGAAAUGUUUUCCCUAAACUUUGCUUCAUAUACUGGGAAUCCCAUCUCCAGACUGUGGUUCAGCUUUUUACUGGGAGAAACUUGUGCUUUGAAUUGACUCCCCAUAAAUACUUUAUAUUUUCUGAUCGUAUGAGGGUUUGUGUUAUGAAUUCGGAAGUAA